AUGGCUGCAGCUCCUGAACUCCCCGAAAGUAUAGUUAAGCAAAUCCGAAACUCAUUUAAUAAGUUCGAUAUAGACAAAAAUGGUCACAUCACCAGUGCAGAAAUAGGCAACGUUAUGAAAGCACUAGGUGAAGACAUACCGGGCUUCAAAUUGCGUCAAAUAAUCAACGAAGUCGACAGGGAUAAAAAUGGAACUGUUGAAUUCAACGAAUUUCUUCAAAUAUUUGCAUCAACUACAGGACAGGCUACAGCCCAUGGAUUCAAAGCUGUAAUUCAAAAGGUUGACAACAUACAAGUAGCCAGCAGUACCACUGAAGCGAAUGACCAGGGUACGAAACAUUCUUCUUCCGACGCAGAAUAUCGAAGCUUUACUAAUUGGAUUAACACGUCUUUAAAAAAUGAUGGUAGCUUGGCUAAAUAUUUACCAAUUGAUAAUACCCUUGGAAAAAAUGAAUUAUUUGAACGCUGCAAAGAUGGCAUCAUCUUAUGUAAGUUAAUCAACCUAUCUGCUAGCAAAACCGUGGAUGAGCGUGCAAUUAACACAACUAAAUUGACUGCUUUUACUAUGCAAGAAAAUCAAACGCUGGUUAUCAAUAGUGCACGAGCUAUCGGUUGUACUGUAGUUAACAUUGGACCACAAGAUAUCAUGCAAGGCCGCCAGCAUUUAAUUUUGGGUCUUUUAUGGCAAAUUAUCAGGAUUGGUCUUUUCGCUAAAACUAAUAUUAAUAAUUGUCCUGCAAUAGCUGCUGUUAUACACGAAGGCGAAACUCUAAAUGAUAUAUUAAAGUUAUCACCAGAAGAAAUCCUUAUGCGUUGGUUUAAUCACCACCUUAAAGCUGCUGGUUCAAAUAGGCGUAUUAAUAAUUUCAGCGGUGAUAUUAAGGACUCAGAAGCCUAUAGCGUCUUAUUGCAUCAGCUUGUUCCUUCCAAAUGCUGCCCAUCAUCAGAUAUAAUGAAGGCCAAGGAUCUUACUAAGCGCGCAGAGUGUCUAUUAUUUGAGGCUGAGAAAAUUGGUUGCCGUCACUUUAUUGGAGCAAAGGAUGUCGUUGCGGGAAAUCAAAAACUAAAUCUGGCCUUCGUUGCCAACUUAUUCAAUAAUUAUCCUGCUCUGGUGCCAAAAAGCAAUGAAGAAAUUGAGGCGUAUGAUGAAUCAAGAGAGGAAAAAACUUUUAGAAAUUGGAUGAAUAGCUUAGGCGUAAAUCCCUUCAUUAACAAUUUGUACUAUGAUAUAAGGGACGGAAUGGUACUGUUUCAGCUAUACGACAAAAUAAAGCCUGGUGUGGUGAAUUGGGAUAAAGUAAACCGUCCACCUUUUAAGCAAAUGGGUGGCAAAAUGAAGAAAAUCGAGAAUUGUAACUACGCUGUAGAAAUUGGAAAAAAUCUUAAAUUUUCUUUAGUUGGUAUCGGUGGUGAAGAUAUCUUCAACGGAACAAAGACACUGGUCACAGCACUAGUUUGGCAAAUGAUGCGGGAAUAUACACUUGCUUUACUUGCAAAAUUAGUCCAUAGUGAUAAGCCUAUUUCCGAUUCGGAAAUUAUUGACUGGGUCAACAGCAAAUUGAAAAAAGCAAGAAAAACAUCAGCAAUUUCGAGCUUUAAAGACCCGUCAAUCUCAACUAGUCUAGCUGUUAUCGACUUAGUCGAUGCUAUUGUACCAGGCUCAGUUGACUACAAUAUUGUGAAUUCGGGCCAAACAGAAAUGGAGAAACAAUUAAAUGCUCAGUAUGCUGUCACUAUGGCAAGAAGAAUCGGAGCAGCCGUGUUUGCUUUACCUGCAGACUUAAUUGAAAUCAAGCCCAAGAUGGUGUUAACUAUCUUUGCGAGCCUUCAAACAGCUGCGUUACAGAAAUAG